AUGAAGGAGGCUAAAUUAAGUCAAGAGUCCUCUGUACGGUUUAACCCUAAAACAAAGCAGUUGUGAGUUCAAUCAUGUUUACAUAGGUGAUUCUUUUUAAUGUGCUCAAAAUUACUUUCUUUGCCUUUUAGGAAAAUGAUGGAAGCAACUACCUCACCUAUCUUGGCUGGCAAGUGAGUGAACUUGUUUACAUUAUUUUGUUGUAAAAACUGAAAAUCAUGUCUUACUUUGCCUAGGGAUACAAUCCAAUUCUAAGUUCUUAAAAUAACCCAAUAAUUUUCCUCAAGCAGGAGGAUUAUUUUUGUGUGGAUAGUAAUCAUUCUUAAUAAAGAAGCUGACACAGGUUUCUCAUAUACUACAAGUAAUUAUUAGCCUUGAAUUUAAUUUGAAAAUUAUAGAAUUCUGUCUUAUAGACAGUGUAAAUUUUGGGAUGCAUGAAUUGAGUUUGACAGACAAAGAAAUCAAUUAAGCUUAUUUCGCAAAGAGAGAACUGGGGCAUUUGUGGUGCUAGACUUGAAUAAAUGAAUUAGAACAGUAGAUUUCACUGUAUUUCAGCAUAUAUUUAUUACUUUUAAAGAAGUUACCAGCUUGAUCACCCUCUAUAUUGAAUUUUUGUUCUUUGCCGUGUGAGUUUAUCAGUUAGUUUUAUAGCAUCCACAUCCUUUUUCACUCAAAUGCUUCCAAUGAUAGCUUUGUGAAUAGGUAUACAGAUGAGUAAUUAAUUAUGAGUUAUUUUUAGUGGAAUAAGUCUGGGAUAAGUUAGCUUAAUGUUUGGUGGCUUAGACUUGAGUUUGCACAAAGGCAAGCUGUAUUCACCACAAGUUACAUUAUAUCUCUGCUUCAAAGGCUUAAAACAGCCAUGGUUGUUGCUUUUUUCCAGAUGAGAUGCUGUUUUAUUACUUUUUAACCCAAAUUGUCGGGUUUAUGCUUGCAAAAGACCAGUUUUUCCUUAUAUUCCUGAUUGGAGAGCAGAUGAAAGUAAAAAAUCUCACUCUAGAACAUGUCAUAUUGAACUUUGCCAGGGUCUAUACUGGCAUCAUUUGGUUGGGAGUCUUCUUUUAUUGGUAUCAUGUUCACAAAUGUCUUAAAAGAGUUUAAACCAAUUGUCCAAGUAGACCUGUUCUUAACCCUUCAAGUCCCAGAUCAAAUUUGUAAUUCUCCUUAUUGUCAACCAUACAAUUCUUAUAAUGUUAGUUCAGAGAAUUUAAUAUUGGAUCAACAAAUUAUCCCCAAAUUGAUAUUUUUCUUUAUUCUCAUCACUUAUCUGGUAUAUAUUGUAUUGAUAUUGUAAGGAGAAAUUCUGUCUUGGUCACUCAUGGGAGAGAAAGGGUUAAUUUGCACUCUGCUUAAUCAUAGAUUUUAGUGCUUUUUUUUGGUAGGUAGUCCUUUGCAGUUUGUACCUCAGAUUGAAAUAAAAAGCAUGUACACAUUGUACUUCAGAUUACAGAAUGUACAAGAUCUACUCUGUAGAAAUUGAAUUUAUAGUUUACAUCAUAUCUUUCACAUGUGCCAGGUGAAAUUCUUUUAACAAGUGGUAUUGGUGACAUUGAAACAAGAAUACUAACUGAAAUGCAAUCCAAAAGGAUAUCUAGCCAAGUCUAUAAGUGAAAAGCAAACUAAAUGCAAGCGUAGUCAAGAAAAAAACCUAUUGGGAAGAGCUAGUAAUUGGAUAAUAUCAAACAGCUUUAUUCCAUGUAAACUUUAUAUGCUUGAAUUAAUUAAUUCUUUUCAGCAUCUUGAAUGAAUCCAUACCUAAAGAUGAAGCUGAUCAGCUCCUUCAAGACCUGUUUCAUGAGAUGAGUAAGUAACAUUUGAUAAUAGAACAAGUGCUAGAGUGUUGUUCAUACUUCCAAUCCCUGGGGUGAUCAAAAGAGAAAUUUAUCUUUUCAAAAUCCAUUCUUAUUGUCAAGCUGGCCAAGAGAAAAAAAAGACAAAAAAAUCAACCUAAGAUUGUUUUUUGAUGGAACAACAAAUUCUCAGAACUUACAGUAGAUGUGUCCAGCUGACAGUGUUAGGAAUCAAUAUACACUAUAGGAUUUUGGAGCUUAACCCUUUAACUUCCGGAUGAAAGUUGUAAUUCUCUUUACUAUCAACCAUACAAUUUUAAUGUUAGUUCAGAGACUUAAGUAGUGGAUCAAAUAAUUAUCCCCAAAUUGAUAUUUUUCUUUAUUCUUGUUACUUAUCUGGUGAUAUUGUACUGAUAUUAUAAGGAGAAAUUCUGUCUUCAUCACUCAUGGGAGUUAAAGGGUUAAACCAUACAUGCAUUACGUUAUCUCUGUACUGUAACUAUUGUUAUUGCUAAAUAUAAAGGGUGUCUUCUAAUACAUGUAUGUUCAUGGUGAGAUAUGAUGCAUUCAUUUUUUAAUGUGCUUUUUCCUCUUUGUUUUGUGUGCCUUUUGUAGAUGAGGAGAGUUUUGAUGAAAUAAGAUUUGCAGCUUACAGGACAGCAGCAAAACUGCUCUUCAUUCAAAACAAAACCAACUGUGAGUACAUGGUAUAUGAUAUAUGAUACUUUUACCAGGUGAUUUUUACUCAUCUUAAAAGCAGAAAGUCCACUACACAUCACCCUUUAGACUUGAUAUUCAGAUGCUGUUCUGAGAGUAUACCUACAAUUCUUCCCCAAAGGCUUGCUUAGCUUGAUGUCCAGACUAAUUUAUAACAUUGCUGCAACUAAUUACUCUAUUUUCCUUACAAACAGUGCACUUGGUUGAUGUGUUUAACAUGAUUGAAGCAUUUCGAGAAAAUGGCCUGAAUACUCUCGACCACAACACAGAGCUCCAUGAAACAAGGCUGGAAGCAAUUGUAUCAAGUAUUUUUUAUGCUCUGAACAAACGGCUUCCCACAACUAACUACAUUGAUGUAGAACGAUCCAUAAGUCUGGUCACCAACUGGCUUCUCUAUGCGUAUGACAGGUAAGGUUAAGGGUGAAAUUUUUUUGAAGAACAUCAUGCAAUUUGAACCCAUUUACUGUUUUUCAAACAAAGCUUUGGGAAAACAUUUUGAAUACAGUGUGCUUGCUUCUGAAAAUUGGGAGGAAUUGACUAAAAUUUGGUUAUAUUGGUUGAUGCAAUUGAAGUUUCUGAACAAAUAAAAUUUUUGAAAAAAUGAAAUUCUUUUCACCAAGUUGAGAGGGAGACUACAUGACGGACAAGUCUCAUCCUCUCUGCCAAAAAUUGACUUUCUUAGUAGUUAGUUUUCUGUUAAUUCUAGUGCCCCUGUGGCUAUUUCUGCUCUUUUCUCCUCUACUCUGUAGGUUUCUUUUACUACAACAUUUAAAUUAUUGUGAUACCUGUAACUUGCUUUAGAUAAAAUUAAUACAAAUUCUAGUUUUUUUUUAAGCACUGUGGGUGACUUGUUUGCUGACUAGACUUGCUAGUUAUUUCUGCAGUAAUUAAUAAUUUGAUGCAUGUAUGAUGGUUUUUUUCCCCUAUGAUUGGCAGGAACUUGAUAAGUAUGUUGCUCUUUUUUUGUUUUCAGUGAUGCCAUAGGUAGAAUCAGAGUGCUGUCAGUGAAAACUGCUCUUUCUACACUCUGUGCUGGACGUCUCAUAGAUAAAUUGAGAUGUAAGAACUUUUUAUUCUUGACCUAUUAAUCAAAUGUGGUAAAAAUGUAUUUGAUGACCAUAUUUAUUUUAUUAUUUAAUCUUUUUCUCAUUGUUAAUUUGGUCUUAAAAGAGCUCUUGACAAAUGUGUCCAUGCAUUUAGCUUAAUGUUAAUUAUUGAUGAGUAACCUAUCCUUUUAAUUAUUCACUUUCAGAUCAUUUUUCACAAAUUGAGGAUGACAGAGGUUAUUUGAACUUCCCCAAGUUUGAAGCUUACUUAAGGGAAUUAUUGCAGGUCUGUGGAGAUGUUCAUAAAGAUAAAAUAUUAUGAACUAGAUUCUAAACUUUUGUAGUAUAGCCUUUAAGCAGGCUGUCAUUACUAAUAAAAAAAAAUAGUAAUAAAUUUAAUACUUACAUGACACACAUACAGUCUUAACAUAUGCUCAUACACGCAAAGAGAGAAACAAAUAUUUUGUAUAGAAAUAAAGUGCCUGUAAAUCCCCACUGGCAGGAGGCAGACCAGUUGGCUAUUUACACAGUGCAGGCGAGGCUUUAAUUUAGGGCAACCAAGAACAAAUCUAGUGAGUAGCCAGGUGGAGGGUUUGAACCCAGGGCCACUAGAUUACAAGUCGAGCACCCUAACCACUUGGCCAGGCCACCUCCUGCUACUGCAGGACCAGAAACAAAGCCUGCAAGGUUGGAGCCAACCAGCAAGACAAGCAUCAGAGAGGUUUCUGAGGGAUCUGGCACUAAAACUUUUCUUGCCAAAAACCUGCAGAUCUUUUGCAUGCUUGCAUCACUGCUGGCUCAGAAUCAGUGGCUUCUGCCACUCCUGUAUCAUGGCUGAUAAGAACCUGCUCAAAGACAACAGUCAUACAUGUAGUCACACAAUGCAUCAGAAAUGCAGGUUGAAUUGUAAAAGCAUGAGCCACUCAGAUCUUGUUCAGGUUGACCCCUCUGAAAGAAAUUAUAAAAUGACGUAUUAAUUUAAUUUUUUACAGUAUCAUGAAAGUUUGAUGUUUGUUCUCACUUCUCUUAGCUCCCUGCAGCUGUUGGAGAGGCACCCACAUUUGGUUUCUCUGAAGAGAUUGUGAUCAGGUUCUUCAGUCCUGAUGGGGUAGGAAUAUUGAUUGUCCCUUUUCUCUGUCUGCAUAGCUUUUAUCAUAGCUUUUGUCAUCAGUGAAUAUGCUGUUCUUGAAAACUGGUUCAUUCAUCUCACCAUUUAUUCAAAAACUGAUAAGUUCUACUUGCUUAUUUUAAUGGUGUUGUGUUGCAGUAUGAUAACCUGUCACGACUAUGUCUUGCUCUGACUCGUAUGCAAAUUUUUAAGAGAAAUGGGAUUUGCUUUUUGUUUCGAUAUUUGUCAAAUCAUUGAUUGAUGUAAACCAAAUUGCUCGAAAAAUGGGAAUGGAAAAAUUUACAGCAGGAUACAUGUGGUUCAAGAUUGUUUAAGACUUGCUACUCAUCUAAUUUUUCCUUACAAUAUCACCCCUGGAUCACUCAUUAAAGUCAUGAGGAUAAAGGAAAUGAUCACUAACUAAAGAUGUUUUUGAUUGUUAAACAAAUUCUCCUUGUCAACAUCUUAGGAAAUUUAUAGUGAACAGUAUAGAGAAUUGCAUUCUUGUGUUAGGGUGUAAAGGGUUAAGAGGGUUGACAUGAAUUAAAAGAAAAACUGUUAGCUCAAUUGGUUAGAGCGCUGGACUGUUGUGCAGGAGGUUGAGGGUUUGAGUCCUGGCUGGACCAACACUCAAAGUCUUAAAAUAACUGAGGAGAAUGUGCUACCUUUCUAUAAUGUCAAGAAAUGGAUAGACAUUCUAGUCUUCUCGGAUAAGGAUGAAUAAACCGUAGAUGUUAAAGAACCCACUCAUGAGAUUACUGUGAUGUGGUCUGACCUGUUUACUGGGAAUUGGGGAAGGGAGGGUCUGGCCUUGUUAUUGUUAAUGUGGGAUCCACUGUAAUUGGCUAAAGCUGCAGUGGUCUCCCUGCCUGAGAUAAUUAGGCGAAGCUAAAUAAAUAAAUAAACAGUCACAGCUAGGAUAUUCACAACAUAGCAUAAAUUUCACAAAAUUAUGUAACUUAUUCGUUCAAACUUUUCCCUGAAGUGGUAACUAAAAUAUUUAUAUUACAAUUGAAAAUGUUCACCAUAAUCUAAAAAGAUUUAACCUAUUUGUUAUUACACAGUGCUUGGUGUGUUUAACUGUUUAUGUAUACAUGUACUGUUGACAUUCCUCAAUAUAUAAAGUGCAAGUACUGCGUACAGUUAAAUACAGUGUUAUCCCUCACUGAUUUGGUGUUUUUUCUUAUUUUAGACCUUGAAAAGAAAUGAAACAGUUCUUCUUAAUUUUCUUGAGUGUGUCAUGGGCACUGAUGCUCCUCUUUGCUAUGUUUGGCUUGGAACCAUGCAGAAAAUGGCCAAUGCUGCAAAAUGUAAGUUUUUAUGCAUGAACAUACCUUGUUGUUGUGUUUUUGGUUUUCUUUCUUCUCAUUGCUGUUUGGGACUAUGAAGGGUUCUUAGCACACAAGACGUGAACAGUUUGAGUAGUGGAAACAAGAUAAUUUGGUUUUUAUCAACUUGGUUGACAAUGUAAAUUGCCUGUUGUAAAGAGUUCAAAGCUGACAUUUGAGUGUUAGCCCUUUGUCUGAGCAAAUGGGGAAAGUCUGUUCAGAGGAAAGGGCAUGGGCAGGGUGAGCAAAGAGGUAAAAGGGAGAAUGAGAGGAGAAUGGUAAGGAAGAAUUAGAGAUAAAGUUUUUAGGCAAAGAGUAUUGAUCCAUAAUUUCAGUUUAUUUUUAGUGUUUUUUCAGUAUUUUUUUGCAGAGAUUGAAUUUUCAUUGUCUUCUUAUCUUCAGGUGAACAUCAAAUUCCUUGUCAAGUUUGCAAGACAAAGCCUGUUGUGGGCUUCAGGUAAAGUGAUGUGUUUUAGUGAAUAUACUGUACUGUCUGCCAAAAUUAGGAGGUGAAAGGUGGAAGUUGCCUUUGUGUGAGUGUGAGUGUGUGAGAGCAAUAGAAAACUGGACCUUUCGCUUUUUUCUUUUACUGGAGGAGGCACAGUUACCUUCUUGGCAUCUGUCUUUGUGUGAGUUAGUCAGACUACUGGAAAACUGGAUCUCUUACUGUUUUUAUUUUAUUUGAGGGGGCACAGUUGUCUUCUUGGUCUGUCUUGGUGAGCUUUUAUAUUGAAGGUCUGGGUUCAAAAACUGGCUUGGCGUGACUGAGUUGUACUCAUUGAGAAAACCCUUCAUUAUCAUUGUGUGUGUUUAGCAAAUGGGUUACAUCCACCCAUUUUGUUUGUGCUACAUUCCCACCCACCAGUUUGCAUACAGUAGCAUUUCUCAAAUACAUGUACUGUAUAUCAUUCUUAAAGGAUCCUAAAGUUAAAUGAUUAUGGCUACAUAAAUUGCACAUCAUGUUUCAAUUGCUUAAGCAGACUUUGACCCACACAAACACACAGUGUCAUCAUCAAGUGAAUCUUGUAGUCAUGUUAAUAAGUGUUUCUAGCUUCCCAAAAACUUAAAGGUUUCCACAACUUCGGACAACAUACUGGUGUCUUUAUGAUGUGGCCACGUUCAGUAUGAAACUUGUCUCUUGAUUCUUUAAUCUUCUCUCCAAUAAUUGAACCAACUAGAUGUUAAUUUAAAGUCGUGUUUCCUCUUUUUUUUUUUUUAGGUACAAAUGUCUUCACUGUUACAAUUACACUCUCUGUCAGGUACACUCUUUGUUCCUUUAUUUAUUCUCUCACAAAUGUAAUUGUAGAUUGCUGCCUGUAAGGCGCCUGUAAUUUUCAAGUUCUUUUAUGCACAGGGUUUGCACAGGUCCUAGAAAAACUUGGAAAGUCCUGGAAUUUUAUUUUGACAUUUUCCAGGACUGGGAAAAGACUGCAAGUCCUGGAAAAUCCUGAAAAUCCUGAAAAUCUGCUUUACUCGAGCAACAAAGUUUUCAUAAUUUGCGCUUUAAUAAUUGUAAGUAGACCGGUAGGAGAACUGAUUUUGAAAUCUUGGGAUCGAGAGGGUUUAAGGUGAAGUCCUUGAAAAUCAAUCUGAGUUCUGGAAAAUCCCUGAAUUUGUUUCUGAAAAGGGUGUGAACCCUGUAUGCCUCAAUAUAGCGUUAGGUCAUGGAAAACGACUCUAUUUAGUAACAAGAAGAUUAACCGACAUGUUGUUUGACUUAACAGGAAUGCUUCUGGAGAGGAAAGUCUUCACAGGGCCAUAAACAAGAUCAUGAUGUGCGAGAGUACUCCACUUGGGUAAAUAAAAAUUUGAAUUGUACAAUUGUUUUUACAAUUUCAAUUCAUGGCCAUAUUCUAGUGCUCGCUUGUUGAAUAGCAUCUUCAUAUUAACCCUUAACACUGUGAAGAGUAAGCAACAUCUAAUUUCUCCUUACAGUGAUACUGCUAUUCACUAAGAUCAUGAGAAUAAAGGAAAUGAUCGCCAGUUAAGAAGUUUUGAUUGUGGAACAAAUUCUCCACGUCGGCUCUUAGAGAAAUUUUUAUUGCCUUCGUUGAGUAAACUCCAUGUCUUCAUGAUGGGCCGUAGGGUUGUAAAGGGUUAAAAUUGAUUCUGCAAACGAUUCAGCAAAGUUCAUGCUCGUGCAGAACAUUGUGGGUGCAAAUAAAUCUUUCUGUUUUGUUACACUUCCUUCUGUCGCAGUACACGCAUUGAAAGAUUUUCACGUGAUUGAUGGCACGUGACUUGCACGUGUACGCAUGCAUUUUUAUUAACCUUGAUGAUUUGUAAUUUCCGUGAUUUGUGGGUCAUCCGCGGGUAAUUCCCACCUGACGCUCUUUACGCAUUUGCUAUGGUGUUGACACGGAGGGUUUUUUGGGACAAUCAAGAGCUGUUUUAAUUGGUGAUCAUUUCCUUUAUUCUCCUGACCUUGAUGUUUUAUUCAGCAGUGAUGUUGUUAGGAGAAAUAGGAUGCUAAUCACCCACAGGGGCUAAAGGGUUUAUCAAAGUGAUUGUAAAAGAAGGUUGGGAUUCUGGAUCAAUAUCAGUAUCUGGGCAACUGCCCACCUACCCUCCCCUAACUCAAAAAUAAUCAAUUGAUAGCAAGUUAGGGUUAGUGUUGGGUUAGGGGAGGGGUAGGUGGGCAGUUGCCCAGAUACUGAUAUUGAUCCGGGAUUCUUACCAAUCGCCUUCGAGUGAAAAUUUCCUCUGCUAAAACUAAAACAACCCCGUUCCCUUUCACAAGAAAAAGAGAAAAAUUUUAAGGAGGACUCCUUAGGCAUUGUUAGGCGUUGACUUUCCUUUUCUAAAAAUGCUUCUGAUUUACACUGCAACGAGUAUACUUUGUCUAAAUUCUUGUUUCAGAACGCGGGUGAGAGAGGCAAUUCUCUCCGAAGUAAAUUUCUCUGCGGUGGAGGACGAAAGAAACGACCUUCCCUGCCAGAGUACCCCAGGGAACCAGAGCCUAAUAAGACACUAGAUGUCACGAACAUCAUGUAAGUAUGGUAACAUUUAGCCGAAUGUGUCAGACGCUGUUUCUCAAUGGAUCGUGUGUUUUGCUCGAGACGCGAGGUCGAAAGAUUCAGAUUAAAGUACUGGCAAGAGGUAUUUAGUAGUUUCGAAGGAGCUACAUAAAUUUAGUCUUCAAAAUCUGUGUCGAUGAAGCAAUUUUCAGUUUCAAGUUAAUUUCGAAGCGAUCCGGGAUUGGUUUGGUUUUGCUUUUCUUCGCUUUGUGAUUGAUCUAGAAAACUCGCGCUACUUUUUCAACCAAUCAGAUUCAAAACUGAAAUCUAUGACGUUUUGGUCACCCGAGUUUCACGUGCUUAUGGCAAUGUGGGUGUUUUAACUGGGCUCAUUGAUUCUGCGUGAUAUUUCCUUGCUUCUGAUUGGCUGUUGGAAUUACUUUGGUGAAUCGAAAUGCGUUUUGUUCUCCUUACUAGGUACUCCUAGUCUACUUUUUGUUUUAUCUUACCUCUUGGGUGUUGUCUCAUUGAAAACGUUUACGGCUACCUUGUAAAUAAAUGGCGAAGUAAUAUCGCGAUGUAAGCCGAUGAAAUGGUACCAGUGUGGGGAACCUGACAAAAUACUGUUUGCGAACUUAGCUAAACAUUCGUCUACCUGAAGGGGAAUUUCUUGAGGCAAGAUUCUCUGUUGGUAGGAGCUAUGAGAAGGAGGAAAUUUUGGGAAAAAACCUAGAGUAAUUUUAUCGUCACCCGGGACUUCCGCGUCACCGUGAGGACAACUCUACUAACUACAUGUACGUAAUAGAGUGACACAUCGCGGGCCAAUUUGAGCUACGUUUCAGUAAAAGUAGUGAAUUGAUGAGGUGAAGAGCUGUACACGAGGAUAGAUAACGGAUGUAAGGAAGCGAAGUUUUCGUCCUUUUCUACUGAUAACGGCAUCCUUUUCCGUGUUGAGUAAUCGCUUAUUUACAUUGUGUCGAGACUUGACAACAAACGCUAAAGGUAAACUGGACAUUUGAUAAGUUUUGAUCAUUUUUCCAGUUGGCAUUUGAAGAUAAAGGAACGCCCGGUUUACCUACUUUCUCGACCACAGGCUGAUAUUAACAUUUGUUUUUUUUACUGUCGUAAACAAUGUACACGUCAGAGGAACUCGAUUGGACGAAGUUAUUUGAUUGCAAAAAGCUGUAUCGAUGGGCGGUCGGAGGGCAGAUGAGACUAGGUUGGUUAUCAACACGACGCUGAUUAAGGGAGACAAUCUUCAAAAGCUGAUGUUGCAAGCUUUAGCCUCCUUAUUAUCUUGAUAAAUCAGUCUGAGAGCUCUACUCAUCCUGUAUCGGGUGAUUCGAGAGUCAAAAGCAAGGCGAUAAAUAGAAUUUCGUUUUGACGGAAAGUUUCUUUGAGAUUGAGUCGUAGAACCAUGAAGCUCAUCUCUUGUUGUCAACAUGCACGGUCUUAUUAAAGGUUCUUAACUACCAAGAUUUCUCAUGGAAUUCAAAGAAUUAUUUUUGACCACAAGCUAUGGAACAUUUCGAGAAAACGAGCGAAUUUGUUUUAAAGAUGACAAAGAAAGAUGUUUGUAAACUCUGAAAGUUUGAACCUUUUAGAAUGAAUGUUUCGAGUUCCAAAUUAUGGCAAUUCUUCAGUUUCAAAUGCAAUGUUUUUUGGAGAACUCGUCCAACAAUCAACCUGUAUCUGCUGAUAUUGUUCACAAACUUAUUGUUCAAUCUCCAACUAAGUCUUGUCAACUGGAUCCCAUUCCAACACGAAUUUUAAAGUCAAUUCCACACUUGACGCCAAUUAUAACCAAGAUUAUCAACGCCUCCAUGGCUAACGGAGAAUUUCCUGAUCAGUUAAAACAAUCCCUGGUAUGUCCAUCUUUAAAGAAGCCUUCAUUGGACCCGAACUGUCUCUCAAAUUACAGACCGAUUGCAAAUCUAUCUUUUCUCUCAAAACAAUCGAAAGGGUGGUCGCAAAUCAAAUAUACAGAUUUAUGGCCGAGAACCAGUUAUUUCCAGCGAUGCAGUCAGCAUACCGCAAAUACUACUCCACUGAAACUGCUUUAAUAAAAGUCUCAAAUGACAUCCUAAGAGCUGUAGAUCAAAAAAGAAGAAGUAGUACUUGUUUUGCUAGACCUUUCCGCUGCGUUCGACACGAUCGACCAUAACAUAUUACUUGAAAGAAUGGAGAAACGUUUCGGAUUUAGAGGUAUCGCACUAAAAUGGUUCAAAUCAUACCUAGAACAUCGUGUUCAGUCAGUGAAGAUCAAUCACUCUAUCUCUAAGCCUCGACAUAUCUCCUACGGCGUACCCCAGGGAUCAGUACUUGGUCCACUACUCUUUCUAAUGUAUACCUCGCCUACAGAAGACAUUGUUGCUGAACAUGGCCUAAACUGUAUGAUAUAUGCCGAUGAUUCGCAACUUUACAUAAAGAUAAACUCCUCUGACAGAAUGCUAGGCAUGGAAAGAUUGAAAUCAUGUGUUAAUGCAAUCAUGGAGUGGGCCAAGAAAAACAGAUUGCAGUGCAACCCUUCAAAAACAGAAAUCAUUCAUUUCCUCUCACGCUUCUCAAAAAAUCCUCCUUUCUGUAAUAUCAAUAUUGGAGAUGAUAUCAUUAAUUUAUCUAAUACUGUCCGAGACCUAGGCGUCAUGCUUGAUUCUGUGAUGAACUUACGCUCGCAUAUAAAUUCCAUCUGUAAAUCGUCGUCUCUAGCAAUCAGAAAUAUUGGUCGCGUUCGUAAAUACCUCUCGACGCAGCAAAAUGAAAGAUUGAUACACGCCUUUAUCUCAUCGAGACUUGAUUAUUGUAAUAGCCUAUUGUACGGUCUACCGAUUUGUGACAUCGAAAAAUUCCAACGGAUCCAAAACACAGCUGCCCGCUUGUUAGUCGGUGCCAAAUCAAGAGACAGUAUAACACCUAUACUUAGGAAACUUCAUUGGCUCCCGGUCACAAAACGAAUUCAAUUCAAGAUACUGUUGAUAACAUACAAAGCACUAAAUGACAUGGCUCCAACCUAUCUUGUUGAACUUCUUAGUCGAUAUAUUCCAGCACGAAACCUCCGUUCAUCAAAUAUGAAUCUACUUGAGGUCCCAACAAUUCGAACUAAAACGUAUGGGCAAAGAGCAUUCUCCUACGCAGCACCGUAUUUGUGGAACCAACUACCUGAAUGCAUAAAAAACGCCGAAUCUGUUGACUCCUUUAAACGCUUAUUGAAAACUCAUCUUUUCAAAAAUUAAGCCACCAGAUUAUUUGAUAUCGUACGUUGUCAAACAUAUGCAUAACACGUAAUAAUUCAUUAGUUUAGAUAGAGUAGCGAAUUGCAUGUAUAGGAUUUUUAUCGAAAUUUUGUUAAUUUGUAAUUGUAAAGCGCAUAGAGUUCAAUUUUAAUGCGCUAUAUAAGAACUUAUUAUUAAAAUUAUUAAUCAAAAGCUUCUUUAGUUGUUGAUCAGUGCCUUUAUUCUCCUGGCCUUAAAGUGUGAUUUCGAUGUAAUGUUGUAACGAGAAAUUAGAUGUUAGUCACUCUUAAGGGUCAGAGGAUUUAGAGGAAGCCGAAUUUCAAUUUCUUGAUAAACACGACGAACACUGAAAUUUCCUUUAUUUUCUUUUCAAUGUACACUUUUAUCGUAGUAUUUGGUGUAGGUUUUUUUUAUAUCGACAAACUUUGGUCUUCUAAUCUUGGAACAACACUUUGUUUCUUUAAUCUUGGAAUUUAAGUUUUUGAUUUUACUUUCAUAACCGACGUGGAGAGAAAUUACAGAAGGAUUGGUUGCCUGCAGAUCGUUUCACAACGCCAAAGUGUUAUUCGUGAGAUAAUCUUUACUUACUUUUAAAGAAGCAGCUAAUUUGAUAAUGGAUUAGCUGAGUUCAAUAAAUGAUAACAAAAGUGGAAAAAAAUGGAUACACUUGCUACAUUUCACGGUAGAUUUUGCAAGGAUGAUUAAUGGAAUGACGCAAUUGGCUAAACGAAACCCCGCGGUUUCUGAAAGACACAGCAAUAUUUUUUUUGUUUUAUCUAUUUUCAUAUGAUUUGUGUUUAUUGCCUUCGUCGAGUAAACUCCAUGUCUUCAUGAUUGGCCGAAAUGUACUAAAUAUUUAACAUCACUGAUUGCGAUCUGAAGUAACAAUUAAUAAUUUAUUUAUGAGCUUGAAAGGAAGUUUUUAUGUUGACCGUAACAUUGCGUAGCGCGAGAAAACUUCGAUUGCAAAAGUUUGUUUUCGACACAAGUUUAGUCUAGAAUGAUCUACAAAUUGCAAAGAUGGAAUUCUGGUUUGGUUUCUGCGCUAAGCGACCCGUUCUACGUACCGAGAGGAAAGUUGAACUAGGAUGAAUUCCCCUAGCAGUAGUUCAAACGGUAGCAGUUCUAGUGGUAGUCGCUCGAGUGAGAGGGGCUCAAACACUAGUAACAGUGGUAGCAGUGGCAGUAGCGAUGAUUCUUACUCGGAAAAGCGGCUUUUUAUAACGUUAAAACCAAACGCUCGUCAGACAUGCUAUAUCUUUACGCGUCCAUUAAGAGUUCGCGUCAAAGGCGGUGGAAUUACGUAAGUGAACAAUAAGCUGAAGAGAAAAGUUAUAUGAAACCUUUCUUUUCAAAACAACAAAUGUCUUUGUUGCUCUUAAGAAUUGAAGUACAUAAAUGCCGUCUAUUGUCUACUCUUGGAAGGGCGUACUAUUUGCAGUCGUGCCUCUUUGGCAACGAAAAGUGUUUUUAUGUGAAAGGUUGAUUCUUUCGUGUCAUCUGUGAAUGUUUUCGCUUCUCCCGUGAAUAAAUUUAGAUUAAAGUGGGUUUGUAAUUGCUUAUCGCAAUUACGUUGUACGGUGUUACUUAGAUAACGGUACCGAGGAGUUGAAUUAACGAAUUAUCUUCCCAUUAGAAAGAGGCGGUUUUCAUAUUUGGAGACUCUAACAAUAUAACGUAGUUGAAAAUCGUUAACUGUUUGCUUAGGUUCAGAAUUUAAAUUUAGUCGAUUCUACCUCGUUUUAAAAUUCCGUGCGUUGUUUUUUUUUUAGAGAUAGCUCUAUGCCUCGCUCACAUUCUCAAACAUCACAAGAAACGCUUAACAAGUUUCUCAAAGUUACUGAAUAUUAUUAUGUUCGUCGACAACCAUUUUACUGGGUUAAAAGUUGUGUUCAGAGACUGGAAAUCUGAUGUAUUUUUUAUGUACUUUUCCUCUGCGUAUUUAUUUCAUUUUAAUUUUUGAAAGGAAAGAACAAACAUGUGGUAUCAUUUAUAGGAAUUUAAAACGCCAAGAUUCCAUUUAACUUAGGCUCCUUCUGUUUUACUUUUGUGUUGGCAGACCUCCGUUGCCUUCAGAUCUUACACUAAGUUCGUAG